UUGCUACAUUACUUUUACUAUACUACUAAUUGGAAUUUCAGGUAUCUUUGUGCAUAUGCCUAUUUUAUCUCAUUAACACAUAAUCGGGACAGGACUCUCUUCGUUCACGUGCCUGACUUCGACGACAAGGUUACUGAGGAAGUUAUGUUCAGCGCGCUUAGACUAAUUAUAAACGAAUGCAUUUCUGAAAUUGCUAAAAAAAAUGAAUAA